AUGCACGUUCAAAGGCUCGUGUUUGGAAUAUGCGCUUUAGCGGGAUAUAUUUAUUGUGAUAUAGCAAUCGAAUUAUGUGAUACGGUUCGGUUGUCCUGUUCGGCCCGAGAUGGCUGUCAGAUGGCACUUACGAACUUCUUUGUUGGUUGUAACGACGUAAUAUAUGGAAAGGGAAAUAAGUGUACGACCAAGUGUGAGCAUGCUUUAAUUUCGCUGCUUUCUACAGAAGAUAAAGCGGGUUUGGCAUUUAUGAAUUGCAAUUGUAGUGGAAAUGCUUUGUGCGAGGAAAGAAAAGCCAGGGUGGAGGUGUGUACGAGAGUUGUUUUAAAAUCUAUGACUCAUUUAGAAAACAAGGACCAUUCGAUUAGUUGUAAUUUGGCACAAUGGAUUUGUGAGGCUGAUACUGCGUGUCUAACAGCUUUAGACUAUUAUGCCCAGCACUGUUCUAAAUUGUUAUUAGCAGAUAAAUGCACAUCACGAUGUAACAACAGUCUCCAAAUUCUGUAUAGACAGAAAAAUGCCAAAAAAUUACCCAAUUGUUACUGUGAUGGUAAAGAGGAAUAUGACUGUUAUAAACUCAAAUAUAAUACAGAGAAAUAUUGCUUCCAUAAAGAACCCAAUAUUCCUUAUGUUGAUAACAGGUCAAGGAAACCAUCGCAUUCCAGUCACAAGAACUCAGGGAGAAAAGGUAAUGAUUUAUAG